AUGACUAAAUGUGCCAAGAAAUAUGGAAAAACAACUGUCAGACGGAUGACCAUGGAAAUGGUUGAAUCACAACAGGAUGACAAUGCAGUGGAUUCAGUGCCAGAGAGAGAUGCUGGUCACCUUGAGAAUCAGCCAGGCCGAAGUCGGACUUCCACAGGAUCUGAGGUUUCUGUAGCUGUAUCAAGAGCUGGAAGAGGAUCUCCAGCUGUAACUCUAGUGCAGUUGCCUUCUGGUCAAAAUGUUCAUGUCCAGGGUGUCAUUCAAGCCACACAGCCCUCAGUCAUUCAGUCACCACACAUGCAAGCUGUUCAGGUAGCAUCAAUUGCAGAUGAAUCUACAGAAUCAAAAGAGAUAACUGAUUCUCAAAAACGUAGGGAAAUACUUUCAAGAAGGCCUUCGUACAGAAAAAUUUUGAAUGAACUCUCGUCUGAUGCUCCUGCAGUACCGAAGAUUGAAGAAGAAGAAAAGUCAGAUGAUGAAGGAGUGCCUUCUGGUAUUUCUGCAACGGCCAUGCCAACCAGCCUGUAUCAUACUAACACAGGGCAAUACAUUACUAUAACUCGGAGUGGUGCAAUCCAGAUUUUUAAUCCAUCCUCUGAUGAUGUCCAUGGACUACAGACAUUAACAAUGACAAAUUCAGGAGCUCCUCAGCCAGGUGCUGCUAUUGUGCAAUGUGCAGGACAAUCACCUGAUGGCACACAGCAGUUUUUUGUUCCUGGAAACCAACUUGUUGUUCAAGCUGCCACUGGAGACAUGCCAGCUUACCAGAUUCGGACUCCCGCUACUACCUUACCUCAGGGAGUGGUAAUGGCAGCCUCACCAGGGACUUUGCAUAGCCCUCAGCAACUGGCAGAAGAGGCAACACGCAAAAGAGAGCUGAGACUUAUGAAAAAUAGGGAAGCUGCCAGAGAAUGUCGCAGGAAGAAGAAAGAAUAUGUCAAAUGUCUUGAAAAUCGUGUGGCUGUGCUUGAAAACCAAAACAAGACUCUCAUUGAGGAACUCAAGGCCCUCAAAGAUCUUUAUUGUCAUAAAGCAGAAUAACUGUCUUUGAUUUGGACCUUGUUUAUUAUGAACUUUAAUCAAGGCAUGAGAGGAAGCAAUUCUACAGAUUGCCAUAUGAACUUGAGAAACAGACACUUGAGGCCCUUGUGGAACCCAGUUUUGCUUAGUGUUUUCAAACUGAUUUGGGAGAUAUUCAAAAAUUUGGAAUUCUGUCAUAGUCUCCAUACUCUGCUGAGCUUUCUAAUGGCAUGCAAAUGGCUUUUUUGUUUGCACUUUUUACUUCUGCUUUUUGCAGGGAAGCUGCUAAAGAAUGUCGACGUCGGAAGAAGGAAUACAUAAAAUGUCUGGAGAGUCGUGUUGCAGUGCUAGAAGUUCAGAACAAGAAACUUAUAGAGGAGCUUGAAACCCUAAAAGACAUUUGCUCUUCCAAAACAGAUUAGUAAAGAUAUUUAUUAUACUGUGAACUGACUAAAAUAUAUCCAGUUGCUUUAUAAGACAAUACAUAGCCAACAUGAAUUAUGGCUUUCUCUUUGUGUCAUUUGUAUUAUAUUCCAACUUCUAACAUUCCUGAAAUGCUUUCCUGCUGUUUUUUGUCAAUUCAUAGCUCUAAUUUCAGGUUUGUCAUGCUCUUCCCUUCCAUUUCCCAAGGAGCCAAAUGUUAAAAAAAAGUAACAAAGUAAAAAAGUGCAUAAUUUUUAAGAGCUGUUUCUUUGACAUAUAUUUACAUACUACUUUUUACAUGUUACUGAGUGUCCUGCACAUACAAAAUAUUUUACAAUUGUUUUAGGUGAAUCAAAUAUAAUGCAUCCAGUAACACAAGAAAAUCAAACAACCCAAGGUAUCUCAGGAAAGAGUUUAUAAAAUAAUGUUAUGAUUACAUGUAUCUACUAGCAUACUAGUCUACAGAUGAUUUUAUGGCAUAUUUUUAUAUUAGUCGCUUUGUGGACAAAAAGUAUUGUAUUGCUGUCACUGAGUGCCAUGGUUAAAGAUAGUUUUUAAUAGAACCAUGUUGUUUA